AUGAUUAAUGCCAACUCAAGGGAUGCCUACGAUCCUUACCAGCAUCGAGUGAUAGAAAAUCCGUUGAGGUGCGUUGUGAAAAAACUUCAUUCUACGUUUCAUAUUUGUGUCCUUUAUACAAUUUGCAGCAAUCUCGAGGUUUAUAUCAGCUUGCUGAAAGCCUCCAUAGGCAUUGGCUGCUUGGCUAUGCCCAAGGCGUUUCAAGCUGCUGGCUGGCUCAAUGGCCUAAUAAGCACCAUUGUGGUUGGUUCAAUUGUGAUAUUCGCUCUGCAUGUUUUGUUGCACGGCAUCUACGAACUCUGUAAGAGAAAGCGUGUUCCUCAACUAAACUAUCCGGACGCGAUGGCACUCGCCUUGGAAGCAGGUCCAAAGUAUUUGCGUUUCCUAAGCUUCACCGCGCGUUCUACCAUAGAUUUCAUAUUGGCCUUCUACCACUUUGGUGUCUGCAGCGCCUAUGUGGUCUUCAUUGCGGACAACCUGCGGGAGCUGACCGAUUACUAUGGCUACACAUUCGACGUACGAUUUUAUAUAUUCGCGCUGGCUGCACCGCUGGUAUCAAUUUAUUUAAUACGCGACCUGAGGAGCCUGGUGCCGUUGAAUGCGCUUGCGGAUGCUAUGAUUUGUAUAAGUCUUUGCAUAGUAUUUUACUACGUCUUGAGAGAACUGCCGCCGCUUUCCGAUCGCAGAGCCGUUGGUGAUAUCAAAGCCUACCCUUUGUUCUUCGGCACUGUACUCUUUGCCAUCGAGUCAGUGGGUGUGAUAAUUUCAAUUGAAGCCAAAAUGAAAUUGCCCAAGGAUUUUUUGGGUUUGUGUGGCCUUUUGAAUUGGGGCCUAGGCACAUCGCUGUUGCUCUACAUUUUGAUCGGUUUAUUUGGCUACUGGCACUACGGCGAUAUGGUUAAGGAUAGCAUAACAUCGAAUUUGCCUCUGGAUGAUAUCUUUCCACGCUUGGCAAAGCUGAUGUUCGCAGUGGCAAUAUUUUUCUCAUUUUCCUUGCAAGGCUACAUUACGAUUCAGGUGUGUUGGCGUCGAUACGCAGACUAUCUUGGGCUGAAGGAGUCACAUCCGCUGGAGUAUGUGUUGCGCAUUGCCAUUGUUUUGGGAACAGUGAUGGCGGCAGUCAUGAGUUCGGAACUGGUGCUGAUACUUUCGCUCAUUGGCUCUUUUUCACUCUCCUAUCUGGGUUUGAUUUUUCCCGGUGUGAUGGACUUUUGCAUGCGUUACAGCUUCGGAUUCGGACCAUGUAAAAUCUAUUUGUGGCAAGACUUAUUUCUGGUGAUUUUCGGGUUGGUAGGUGGCGCUGUGGGUACUUGGUUUUCCAUUGUUCAUCUCUUCGUAAACUAUGAGAGUGAAUCCUGACGGUGCUAAGGUUUGUGUAGAAGCAUCUAACUUAAAGUUAAUGUUUAUUAAAGAAAUUGAAAAGAAUAUUCCACUGGUAAUAAAUGAG